CGAAGUAUACUCCGUAAGUCCGUAAGAUCGUAGAAGUAAAGUAAGAACCUCCGACUUCGCUACAGGCAGAAACCAAAGUAGGAGAGAGAAAUAGAAAGCGAGUGUUUCUGCAAAUUCGAAGCAAAUCGAACAAAAUUUGAAGGGAUUAAAUUCUGAAAGAUGAAGGAUGAAGGAGAAAAACGGCAGCAAAUGAUGCAAAAUCUCUUCGGAGUUAAUUCUGAUGAUGAAGAAGAAGAGGAAGAAAUUGAUUCCGAGCAUGAAUCUAAUCAACACCGCCCCAAUUAUGUUUCAGAUGAAAAUGAUGGAGGUGCUGAACAAGAGGUUGAAGCUGAAGCUUUUGUAGAGGGGCAAGGUGAGGCAGAAGGCGAGAGUGAGGGUGAGUAUCGUGAGGAAGAACCAGAAGUUGGAGAAAGUGAAGGUGAGAGAGAACAAAGUUCUCAAGAAGUAGAGGUUGGUGAGCAACAUGAAGAAAGUGAGGCAAGAGAAUCUGAUAGUGAUGAGAAAGAGGAUUAUGCCCAAAAAGUAGUAACUAGUAGAAGAAGGGAUGUAGUUGACAGUGGAUCAGAAAGGUCUGAAGAACAAGAACCCCAUUACAUUGACCCCGAUGAUGAAGAAGUUGGUCAGACUAGAAGCCACGGGGAAUCUCCUGAAGAAGAGAGGGAUAUGACUCAUGUAGCUCAAUCAACUGCUGAAAUUCGUGACGUAUUUGGAGAUUCUGAUGAAGAAGAGCCAGCAGAUUAUGGUGUUCAGCAUGAUAUGGAGCAAAGGUCCCCUGUUGAAGAAGAAGAAAGCUAUGAGAAGAAUCUGAGGCCGGAUGAUUUAGUUCGUGACGAGGAUGCACAAUAUGGGUCAGAAGAAGAAAUUGAAGCUAAGCUUAAAGAGAAACCUGUUGGCCCCCCAAUGGAGUUAGAAAUUCCUUUGCGUCCACCUCCUGCAGACCCUGAGAAGAUGAACAUGAUUAGAGUUUCGAAUAUUAUGGGUAUUGAUCCAAAACCAUUUGAUCCCAAGACAUUUGUGGAAGAGGACGUCUUUGUGACUGACGAAUCUGGUGCCAAAAAACGAAUUCGUUUGGAGAACAACAUUGUACGUUGGAGAACUGUGAGAAAGCCAGAUGGAACAUUAGCUUAUGAGAGCAAUGCACGCUAUGUGAGGUGGUCAGAUGGCAGUCUACAAUUGCUGAUCGGGAAUGAGGUUCUUGAUAUAUCUGUGCAGGAUGCUCAGCAUGAUAAUGCAUACCUUUUCCUUAGACAUGGCAAGGGAAUUCUUCAAUCACAAGGCAAGCUUCUUAAAAAGAUGAGAUUUAUGCCAUCAUCUCUGACAUCAAAUUCUCAUCGCUUGUUGACGGCACUUGUGGACUCGAGGCAUAAAAAGGUCUACAAGGUUAAGAACUGUAUAACUGAUGUUGAUCCUGAGAGGGAGAAAGAGCAAAAAGAAAAGGCUGAAAGUCAGACAAUCAAAGCCAAUUCGAUUCUGAACAAGAAGCGUGAGAGAGUGAAUCGGAAGUACGCAAAAUCAUCAGAUAGAGGUCGACAACUUUCUCCUGGAUUUUUAGAGGACGCACUUGAAGAGGAUGACGAAGCAAAUUAUUAUGAUCCUCGUCGUGAUAGGCAUCGUUUUGAGGAUGAGCUAGAGGCAGAAGCUAGAGCUGAGAAGCGCAUCAUUAAUGCCAAGAAGGCUCAAGGGCAUAAAGACAUUCCUCGAAAAUUAUCAAAUGCUCCAAAAACUUCUCGACGCCCAGUGGAUUUCUCUGACAGUGAAAGAGACGAGUCCGAAUAUGAAACUGAUGGUGGGGAAGAGGAAAGAUCUCCUGAACGUAGAAUGGAGGAUUCAGAGCCAGAAUGGAAAGAUUCAGAGGAUGAGGAGCAAGGGGAGGCUGUUGGUGGAGCUUCAGAAGAGGAGGCUGAGGAGCCAAAGCAGAUGACCAAGGAAGCUAGAGGUAGCCUUAAACGUAAGGAGAUAGAUUCGGAUGAGGAGUCUCCUCGUAAGAAGCCUACUACACAUCGUCGGAUGGCAGUUGUUUAUGAGAGUGAUGAGGAUUGAAGCGUUUAUUGAUCAAAAUUCAAAAGUGUCCAAUACACAUCAUCUUAACUUCAGUUAAACAAAUUUUCAGUUCAGAUUGCAUAGCAAUUCAUGUCCUGGGGAUGAUGCAUGGUGCUUAUCUUGAUUCCUGUGGACAAUGCAGUUUCAGUCCUUACGUAACAAUUCGUGGAGAGGGUUUCUAAAAGGGUUUCCGAAAGGAAGAAAGAGAAUAAUUAUGGUUCAAAUGUGUUAUUUCUCUUAAUUAGUGGCAUAAUAAAUACAAAUUUCGGCUUCCUGUUGAUAAAGAGUAUAUAGAUGAUUUGUGUAAAAUUGUGUUGCAAGUGAUGGCUAAUUUAGAGUUGUUAGGAUUUUUUUUACAUGAAAGGAGAUAUCAUGAUGUAAUUCUUUUCCUUUUUAUGAAAAAAACGGAAUUUUUACAA